AUGCAGAUGAUGCGCAUUCAGCAUGGGGACUAUAUUCGUGUGGCAAUACCGCCAUUCAAGCAUGAACAAGUACCCACUCGACUUGCGGUCCAAUGUGCACAAGCAGGUUUCUCGCCUCAACAGACCCUACGCCGUUUUCAACAGCGAGGAGAUGACACAGACAGCCUGUAUUCAAUGAUCAGUGCAGCGCAGCCCACAGGAGAUGCUACUGCCUUCUUCCAGCUUCAUUGUACAAGUUCUGGAGAUGCCCCAUCGACCACAUGGGAUCAGGCACACCCGCAAGCCUUUGCAGUUAGGCCAACUGAUGAUGACCCGAGACCUUCAUGGAUCUCACAGAUGCAUGCGGCAUUCACGGAGGAAGCUUGCACAGAAUUUGAUGAAGAAGGGCCAGUUGCCUAUGUUGAGACAUGGUUUGUCAAGGGCUACUUUGCGCAUGUAUCUGAACACUCCAAAACUUUCCGACUCACCCAAGAAAUUGCUUGGUGGCGAGAUGAGCUGAUCGAGCUUUGGCGAGACAAAAUUGAUCUCCACAGGCCAGUCCAAAUCUAUUGGGUCCAGCCAACGCCUAUUACGAGCUCUACACGAGAGCGAUUGGGUCAUAUCAUUCUUUGUCAAGACGUGAAAGAUUUUCUGGCACCGGCUCUUUUGACGGUUGAGUUCCAUGCGGAUGAUUCAUAUCGCUUUGGACAAGCGGCUGCUAUGUUGCCGAACCCUGUCACGGUCUUUGACAUCAAGCACUUAGCACGUUUGGCGAGGCAUUGCUCGUCAAGACGCUGCACAUUACGACAUGGACGCCAAUUUUGGAGUGAGCAUGAGGCUCGACGUUUCUCUGCAGGUGCUGGUCUCACCUUUGGAGUGCUCCCACCCAUCAGGGAUCUACAUGUCGGAAGUGAACAUGUUUCCUCCCCAUCGCUGGAACCUUCGAACAUCCAUGGACAGGACGAAGAGGAGGACAUUAUCCCUGCACAACCUCCACUCCAUGAUCAAUCCCUCUUUACGAGAAGGCUCUUUGAAUUAUGGGAUCGGCAAGCUGUUUUUGGCCCAGCGCAUCUCGAACGGCUCUUGCGUGUCGAGACUUGGUAUCUGGAAGGGCGUCAUGUCAAGCACCAUGAUGAACAGCGCAAUGUCAUGCUUGCCGAGGAUUACUGGACCUGGGAAGGGAUUCUGACCCAUCGGUGGCGCGACUUCGUACUGCCAGGCAUUGAUGUGGACUUCACUAUUGUGACGCCAACUCCAUCCUCGGCUCCGCCUCUUGAGAUCCAUAUUAUUUUGCACCAAAGAGUUUUUGAGUUCGAUCGGCCAAGCAUUGUGACGGUACGAGACAAUGCCGUGCUGCGCGGCCAUGCCUACACAGCCGCCGUUUUGUUGCCCUCAGCAGUGACCAAGGAAGACAUCAUACUUCGUAUGGGAAAGACAUUUAGCUGUCCUCCGCAGCGGCCGGAUGCAGUCUGCACAUGCUGGCACGGUGCCCUCGAGGUCGAAGAUUUUCGCCCUUUUCCCAAUAGGGAUGGAUUUGCAUUUGAUCUGCAUGUCCACCGCCAGCUUCCUGUUGGUUUUUGGUCUGAUGAGGAGGAGGACACUGGUGCUGCGGCUUCCACAAGCCUUUUGCAGUUUUCGCUUCAGGCUCGGCGUGCCCCAGUGCAGGAGCAGAUUCAGCCUGAUGAAGAACCACCGGCUGACCCAGUGAGAGCAGAUUCAGGGAGCCUUUCCUCCGAAACUCAAUGGAUUGACAUGGCCCCUGCCAUCCGGCAGUAUGAGUGGAUUGACACGCAUUUCUUUCUGCCUCAAUUUGACGUGCCUAACCUGCCUGAAUGUCAUGCUGCAUGGGAGUGGAUCCAGCACUGGUGGGACCCUUCUCAGCCAUGUUUCCAAUUAUGCAUCUACACUGAUGGCUCGUUCUCAAAGGUUGUGAAGGAGCAGGAGGCACCUGGUGGUGCAGCUGUUGCGGCCUUCGUUUUGCAGCCUGAUGGAUGGAGAUUUGCGGGAGCUCUUAGCAGUGCGCUUGAUGAUGCCACCAAUGCGUAUGUCUCCGAGCUCUCAGCGAUUACAGUGGCGAUUAAGUUUGCCUACGACAUCAUCAAGAUGAAUGUGGCCGGCUUCGGCUUUGCACCGUCAUUUGUGUGUCGCCAUGAUGCCACUACGGUCGGUCGACAAGCAGAUGGAUCGUGGCAAUGUAUCUCAUGUCCCUUGCUGGGCAAGGCGCUUCGCAGCAUAGUGCUUUUAGUCGAGCAUGCGUUUGACGUCAUUGUCAAGUUCGAACACAUCAAGGGUCAUAGUGGUGAGCCAGGCAACGAGCUUGUGGACUUCUUGGCAGAUGCAGCAAGAGUAGGACAAGCUCUUACACCUUUUGAUGAGUGGUUGGGCUUUAUCUCGCAGAGACAUAUUGUGGAAGCUGUGCAAUGGGUCUGGCUCAUCGUCGCACCAGAUUUUGCGGCGUGUUGGCAAGAGCAGUCCAUUGCCUUCCCCCCACCACAGACCACACCUCAUCCAGAUCUACUACCAGUUCCUGAGACCCAUGCAAUGAGUCAAGAAGAUGCCAGUGAUCAAGCAUGUGUGGCCCUUUCCUUUAUCUCUGGCGACAGAAACACUCGCAAACCACAUCAAAAGCAGACUCUACGCCACUUGGACGUGAAGGCCAUUGAGUGGGGAGGCCUACAAGCUUCAUGCGAUCUACAGGUUGAUGUGCAUUCACAUCUUGACCAUCUUCAAAGCCAACUGGUCGAGCACUUGAUCCCACAAGGCCGUUCUGGGCGCAGGGUGCCGAUCAAGCAGACUAUGUCUGAUGCUACUUGGGAGCUGGUUUGUGAGAAAAGGGACUGGAGGCAAACACUCCAUGAACAUCAGAAGACCCAACGCCACUCCAUUUUGAACCAGAUCUUUACAAGUUGGAGAGAUGGACGUGCUGACGCCAUUGCUGAAUUUGACCGAUUGCAUGCAAUGCAGGACCGCCUUAUUGCUGGUGCUCUAUGGCAGUUCAGACGUUUGGGGCGGCUUGUUUCUGCAGCGCUGCGAAAGGACGAUUGCCGAUUCUUCGAAUCGCUUUUGGCAGAAGGAGCAGAGUUCCUGAACCCGGCUGAGGUCAAGAACCUAUGGCGAACGGUCCGUCGCUCUCUGCCCAAAUGUCAGCAGCGAAAGAUUGGAUACAAUCCACACAAUUUGGUCUCUUUGGAAGGGCAAUGGGCGCCGCACUUUGAAGCGCUUGAAUGUGGAGUGCCUCUUGCUGGUUCCAGCUUGGUUGACCAUUGUGCUAGAGCAAAUCUUUUGGCUCAGGAAGGGAGGCCGCGACAGGUAACUCUUCAACAACUCCCUUCUCUCUGUGAACUUGAGGAUGCGCUUCGACAGACGCAGGCAGACAGAUCGACCGGCUUCGAUCCGGUGCCAUCUGCGGUCUACCACCUCCACGCCCCCUUCCUCGCGAAGUAUUUCUACCAAGUGCUUUUGAAGGCCUUCAUGUGGGGUUGUGAACCCGUCCAGAGCAAGGGAGGCGAGCUGAAGAUGUUGCCCAAAAAACCAGGUGCCAUUGAAGUGCAGCAUUUUCGAGGAAUUUUGUUGCUCCCAACAUUUGCAAAGCGGCUGCAUGCGAUUCUACGAGCGCGACUGAUGCAGCAGACAGCUCUUCGGCGAGAUCCUGGACAAAUGGGAGGUUUCAAGGGCCAGCAGGUAGCCUUUGGCUCACACCUCAUUCGAGCCCUCACCAACGUUUUUGCUGCAAAGGGCUGGAGCUCCGCAGUUGUCUUUGUGGACCUAUCGACAGCCUUUCACCACUUAGUGAGGCAGCUCGUGGUUGGAGUUGGGGAGACUGAGGAGCUCAAGGUGGUAUUGGAAGCAUUGGCGCACUCACCGAAUGCUGAGGCAGCAGGACAGUUAGGGCGUCACCUCGUUGGCAUCUUGGAACAUGCGGGGAUUGAUGUGCUUCUUCUACGCCUUCUGCGGGACGUGCAUUCGGGGACCUGGUACUCUUUGACGGGUGCUACCCUGACCCAGACCCAUAGAGGGACGAGACCAGGCUCUCCGCUGGCGGACUCCAUCUUUCACAUCUUGAUGGGCGAUAUCGCCAAGAGUCUUCGCCGAUGGAUUUGCAUGCAGAGUGACUAUAUCAACCUGCUGAGCCAACUUGAGCUUGAUCCCAUCAUGGUGAUAUGGAGCGAUGACCUUGCCGUCCCAUGGGCUACCUCUACAGCGGCAGCUCUGCCUCUGGCAAUUGAGAAGCUUGUCCAGGAGAUUGACACUCAGUUUGGCCGCAGAGGAUUUACAGUGAAUUUUGCGAAGGGCAAAACGAGCGUCGUGCUCUCUCUGAUUGGAGCAGGAGCGCCGGAUUUGAGGCGCAGCCUUCAGCUUGGGCCCAACCCCGGCAUGGAAAUUCGACUCCAAGUUGACCGGCUGGGAUACGCUCGGCGCCUGUUCCAAGUGGGACCUGCGGAGCUUCACCAGAUUCUGCAUUUGGAGAAGGCCCACUGCCAGACUUCUUGGAUUGAUGGUUUGGUUGCUGACCUCCAAUGGGUGCGCGAGAUUGUGCCGCAAGCAAUCCCACACUUUGAGGGGACUGACCUGACUGCAGUCAUCGAUUAUUGGCAGCAAGAGGGCAUCCCAUGGAAGAGCCAUUUGAAGCGAGUCGUGAAAAAGCACAAGCUUCAGGAGGAGAUGAUGUCUGAGGUCCAUAUGGCACAUGAUACCAUUUUGAAGACUCUCCGACAAGCUGGAGCCACAUUUGUGCCUGAUAGUGAUCAGGUUUUUGGACAUCCGCGAGCGGCAUCAUCGUUUGAUUGCACAUGCGGUCGCAGCUUCAACACACCGCAGGGACUGGCACUCCAUCGCUGGAAGGUUCAUGGGAUCCAUGCACCGGAGCACGCCUUUGUCACUGGAGGAGAAGUGAAUCAGUGCUUUGACUAUUUAUCGCGCAUGGGCUUCCAGGCCCCUUUUGAGGCGCAGUGCCUACCUCCGGCCCUGAAGGGAGCAGUGAGGUUGGAUGCCUUGAGAGCGGAAGGGCCACUCCGGCCGUUGGUGCCAUAUCAGCAGGAAUUGCUUGGCCAUAUUGAGCAGGAGUUGGACACCCACUAUAAGCACCUCAUUCCACAAUGCGUGCCUGAGGAUCCUGUGGAUGCUGGACUUCGUCUGGGCGACACUUUGACGACAGGUACGCGCAAGUGGGUUCAGGCCUUUUGUGCGCGGCAGGCGGAGCAUCUGCCAGAUCUUAUUGAUUGGUGGUUUGGAUGUUUGGCGACGUUUGGCACUGACUUCGAAGAUUGGGCAGCGGAGACUUUUGUUGCCUGGGGUGAGCAUUGCCUACCCGAUAUCUCCGACAGCGCUAUGGAUGGUGAGGUUGAGUAUGUCUUGGACGAGGCCUAUAGCGAGAUGGUGGACCUCCUUCCGUGUACUUUGACAAGGAGGAAGAUUGGCGCCUUGCUCCAACGACAGCGCAGUCUGCAGGCCGAACUUGCGGCACCUUUGCAGCCUCAUCGACCGGUCCGUCGCGGCACGGCAAAUCCGAAAGAACGUUCUGCCACAAGGCAUCGAGUGCCUAGCCUUUUCUCCGAGCAGGGAAGUUGGCAGUCAUUAUUUCGCUCUAUUGCUUGGCAUGCGGUGCCUGAAGACCGCGGCAUCCCUUUGUUGUCUGCGCCAGGGGAGCGCCCUGUUCUAUUGGUCGUGCACCUGUUCUCUGGAAGGAGAAGAGCUGGGGACUUCCACUGGCAUUUGCAGCACAUGGGAGACACGAUGGGUGUGACAUUCGUGAUCUUGUCCAUGGAAUGGGUGACGGGCGCAGCAGAUGCAAGUGCUGCGAUUCGAGCCAACCUUGGCAAAAUUCUUUGA